UAGGUGUCACUUAUUAUUUCCCCCCACCCCUUCUCCCUCGUUUUGGCUCUGAAUAUUUUAUCUGUGAUUACUGCUAAAGUAAAAUGUUGCAAUGCAAAAAAUCAUUCUUAACUAAUAGUAUUAUCGGUUAUAAGGAAAAGUAUAGAUUUAUUAAAAAUGUGCUACCCUCACUACAAUGCAAAAACUACUCGUCUGAUAAUGAAAGAUAUUUGCACAAGUCAAAAGUUCCAACAAUGCAUUUUCAACCUUCUCUACCCAGAUUACCUAUUCCACGUCUUGAGGACACCUGCCAGCGGUAUUUAAAUGCUCAAUUGCCAUUACUCGAUGCUACCCAUUUUGAGGAUACCAAAAGACUGGUUGCUAACUUCCAGUUGGAAGCUGGAAAAGACUUGAACCAAAGGCUGAUUGCCCAAGACAAAGCAAAUAAGCACACAAGCUAUAUCACUGGUUCAUGGUUUGACAUGUAUUUAAGAGAUCGUCAGCCCAUUGUUUUGAACUACAACCCGUUUAUUUCCUAUAUUGAUGAUCCAAAGACAGAGUACAAUGAUCAAACAAUCAGAGCUGCAAACUUCUUGAUCUCAGCCAUCAGGUUCAGAGAAACUUUAAAUGCUGGCCUUCUUGAACCUGAAGUAUAUCACCUAAACCCCAAAAAGAGCGACACGGAAACAUUCCGGAAAGUUGUUCGCAUGCUGCCAUCUUCGCUCUCUUGGUACGGAGCCUACUUGUAUAACGCAUAUCCAUUGGACAUGUCUCAGUAUCCCAGUUUAUUCAAUUCAACUAGAAUUCCCGAAAUCGGCAAAGAUCGCCUUGUCCGGUUUGAAAAGGCAAAGCAUGUGUUGGUUAUGCGAGGCGGACAUUUCUACGUUUUUGACGUAUUGGAUAAAGAUGGAAACUUAUUGGAGCCACUAGAUAUUUAUAGUUGCUUGAAGUAUAUCCAGCAGGAUCCUAUUGCCCCAUCGCAACAUCCAAUUGGUUAUUUAACUGCCGAAAACCGCGACACGUGGGCGAAUGCUCAUCGAUUGCUGAAGGAAAACCAUAGCAGUCAGAUGGAAGCUAUUGACAGUGCGCUUUUUAACUUGGUUUUGGACGACGUCGGCACUGACAACGAUCCAGUCAAAAUAUCAAAACUGUUUCUCCACGGCAACGGAGCAAACCGGUGGUUCGACAAAUCGUUCUCAUUGAUCGUUGCUCAGGACGGCAAAGCAGCCGUCAAUUUUGAGCAUUCGUGGGGAGACGGAGUUGCUGUAAUGAGAUUUAUCAACGAAUCGUUGAAAGACUCGACUGAAAAGCCCCGUGUCCAUCCUCACGAAGUAGCCGGGAUGGCUCCACGACGUGACUUUGAUCCGUCAUAUCACGUCAAACGUCUUGAAUUCCAAUUGAGUGAUCGCCUCAAAGCGGCAGUCAGCGACGCUCGACAGCGUUUCGAUCAAACCACGGGCGCUUUGACAGUCAACUUAUUUAUUUACAACGGCUUUAGUAAACACUUUUGCAAGGAGCAACAAGUCAGCCCAGACGCAAUGAUGCAACUAGGUUUCCAAGUAGCCUAUCAACUGCAGAAUGGCGGUACGUGCUCUACGUAUGAAUCGUGCAGUACUUCCGCCUUCAAGCACGGCCGAACGGAAACAAUUCGGCCGUGCACUUCGCAAACCACUGCCUUUAGUCGGGCUAUUACCGCGUCUUCGGGAAAGCACAGCCAGACGGAAAUGCGUGCUAUGAUUGCCGAUUGUUCCAAAGUUCACGGCCAACUGACUAAAGAAGCUGCUAUGGGGCAAGGAUUCGAUCGCCAUUUGUUCGCCCUUAAGUAUCUAGCCCAGCAACAGUCGUUGCCCAUCCCGGCUCUGUAUCAAGAUCCAGCUUAUGCAGCCAUCAAUCAUAACAUUCUGUCGACGUCAACACUGGGAAGUCCGGCUGUCGAGUUGGGUGGUUUCGCUCCGGUCGUACAUGAUGGAUACGGCAUUGGGUACUCGAUCCAGGACAACCGACUGGGCGCUGUGGUGACCACUUACCCCCCACACCGAAGUGGCUCAGAUUUCGCGUCUUGUUUACAGUCGGCCUUCAGCCGGAUCGAAGAUAUCUUGCGCAAAAAGAAUUAACCAAUAUUUGGUGUCUUACGCUAGAGCUUUGAUUACGUGCAAUGUUUUAAUGAAAAGUAUUUGAUCCCAAAGUUUAGGUUUAUGCCGUGAGCAUUCUACGCUGUUAUUAUAUUCGACGAAUAAGAGAGUGCGAACUCUUGUGCGCUAUUAUACGUUUCCCGCACAAUAGGUGCGGUCGGGAUUGAUAGCUGUAGUGGUAGACUAUUUCUAUUGUGAUUGUUUGACUGUGUUACAAUGAGCGGGUCAUAGUAGUCACACACACACAUAGCAGAAGUACAUAUGGAAUAAGUUCUAGAGGAAUCAUUCCUGCUGCUGUUCUGGAUGGGUGUGUGUGUGUGUGAUCCCCUCAUUACACGUCCCGUUCAGCCCAGCGCGUUGCUUGGCAACAGCAAAUCAGCCCUUCUUUUCAACCAACGCAAGAAAUAUAUAGAAAAUCAAAAUAAUGGAACGUGUGACGAGGCAUAGGAGGGAAAAAAAAGAAAAGGAGGAGUAUUUUUUUUUUCAUUCUUUUUCACCUGUUCUUCGCUCACGGAGAAAGGAAGAAGUGUGUAUGCCUUAUACAUGGUACUAACAUGGGAUUGAUAAUAAGGGACGAAAAGAAAAUAGGGAAAAAAAAAUGUUAUCCAUCUAACGAAUGGAAGAUAACGAUGAGUUACUAUUUUUGGUCUCAAAUCGAGCCAUACUGCGUGAGUAAGGAAAGAAGGCGUUGAAUAAUAUGGAUUUGUUCCAAAUAUAAUGUCCCAUUAUUAUUUCUUAAAAUGUACAAAUAAAAUAAAAGCAGUAUGCAAAA